AGGACUCUGCGUGCACCAAGUCAAAGUAUCGAAACGCGCGUGACCGCGAUAUGCCCUGCCAGCGGGUCGCGGGCAUUCGGUGAGGCCGUUGCCGUGCCAGGAUGAGGAGCACCUAGGUCGCGCACUAGGUGACUCCCCCUCCCCACUAACCAGCCGCCGCCCCAACACCCCUCUAGGAUGUCGGACCGCGGCGAGGGCAGCGAGCCCGAGCCGUCGGAGGAGAUCAACGUCGACGACUCGGACUCGCGCGGGCAGCGCUCGGAGUGCUCGGGCUCGCCGCCCCCGCCAGCACCGCGCAAGGUGCCACCGAGCCAUCCAUUCAGCAUAAGCCGCCUCCUGGCGGAUAGUAGCAAGAGGAGCCCCUUGGAGGAGGAGCUCGAGCCUCGCAGGCCCGGCUGGUGCUGGGAUGUCGAGGCGGGGGGAGGCCCGCGUGGCUCCGAGGAGGGUCGCCGUUCCUGGGGCCCAGAGGCCGAGGAUACGAAAUCCUCGAGCAAGGACGACGAGGACACGGGCAGUACGCCCGAGGCACAGCCGUGUCAGGCGACCCUCCAGCCAGCGGACCUCCUCGCGCCCUUCCGGCUCUUCCCCGGCGCAUCGGGCCUCGUAUACUCGAACGGGGUGAUACGCGUGCCGGCGCACCGACCCCCUGGCACCCAGGGCCUCCUGCCUCCCUGGGGCCUCCAACCGAUGAGCCUCAGCCAGCAGCAGCAGGCGGCGGCCGCGGGUUUACAGACAGCGCGUUUUCUCGCCAACCUGGCGACCCAUCCACUGCAGGCCCAUCCGCACCUCAAGGACAGGCUAGCCGUAGCUGGGAGCUUUCCUCGGCGAAUUGGACAUCCUUAUCAGAACAGAACGCCACCAAAGCGCAAGAAGCCGCGUACGAGCUUCACGCGCUUGCAAAUUGCCGAGCUCGAGAAGCGCUUUCACAAGCAAAAAUACCUCGCCUCGGCGGAACGAGCAGCCCUCGCCAAAUCCCUCAAGAUGACCGACGCCCAGGUGAAGACGUGGUUUCAGAACCGACGCACCAAGUGGAGGCGUCAAACGGCCGAAGAACGAGAAGCUGAACGACAGGCGGCGAAUCGUCUUAUGCUGUCGUUACAAGCGGAGGCUCUGGGUAAGGUUGGAUACCCAACGCAGGUGGCGAAUCACGCCUCCGGAGCCGCGGUUCCAAGUCUCGAGAGUCAACCCGCACCACAACCAUUGACUCAUUCCGUGAGUCAAUGGGCAUCGCCCUACGGACCGCCGCAACCACUCGCUGAUCCCAUUUGCUAGACUCGAUAACCAUUUUAUAUUCCAUCCAAAUAUCUAUGUAAUACUGAAGCAAGCUCACUUUCGGAAAAAUAUCAUUAUUUGUUCAUCUCUAUGAAUUCGUUUGCUCGGCCAUCAUGGUAAAAACCGUACUUGCCUCCUAAUUCGAUUGCCCCUCUAGCUUCGAGUAACUUCACGAAAUUCACAAAUAGUAGAAUGCAAAUUACGUGCAAUGAAGAUAUUAUGAUAUGCGACUGUACUUAAAUGGAAGCUAAUGUAAAUAGAUUCAUAUCUUGGGAAGUAGCGAGACUUUGAGUAAAAAUUAAUUUAAGAAUUUUGAGCGCCUCUUGAAACACCUAAGAAUUUAAAACAUCCAGUAUAAGACAUAUCUUGUAAAUAUUGACAGAGCGACGGCAAAAAAAUUUCAUUUUAUAUUUGCUGCAUAAAAUUGUAUGAUUGUAUGUCCUAAUUCAACCUGACGAAACUUGUAAAUAUUAAUUGAAUUCGAUGCUAAUUGAUAAACAUAGCAUUACCAAAAAUACUAAAAUAUCAUCGGUAUGUUAUUAUCAAGAGAAUAAAUGAAGCUUGACUUUACUCUAAGAAUAAUUGUACUUAAAUCUAGUAAGCUAU